AUGGACGAAGCUCUCGAUCAUGUUAGAGAUCUCGCCAAAUGUCUGGAUGAAGACAAUCGCGGCAGGUUGGUGAAUGAGCUGCGCGAUCUCAUUGUUUCACUCGAGCCGGAGGAAGAUGCUGUUCAGCGCAUCACUUUUGCUGUCUAUGGGGCGAGAAUAGGCGUUAAGCUGCGUCUAUUUCAUCUGCUCGCCUCGAGUGACUCAGGCAUCCAUCUCGAUCGGCUGGCCAAAGAGACCUCUGCUGACGAAAUAUUGCUUGGCCGUAUUAUGCGUUAUCUCGCGAGCGUCCGUAUGAUCACAGAGCUCGGACCCGACCUCUUUGCAGCGAACAAGAUGACCCGGACUCUGGCCUCUCCCAAGGGCGAGAGCUAUAUCAACUCCUACUACGAGCUAAUCCUUCCCGUGAUGGCCAAGCUGCCCCCGUUCCUCGAGCGAACAGGCUAUGAAAAUCCCACAGACUCUCUCAACCUGCCUCUGCAUGACGCAUUCGGCUGUAAAGGCGACCUGUUCGCGUUCCUGAAAGCCCACCCGGAGAAAUGCGCCAUGUUCCACAACCACAUGCAUUUCCAGAGAAACCAGACCACUAACUGGGCCAAGCUUGCAACCUUCCUUCGCAGUAAGGGAACAGCAACAGAUGAGGUCUUAUUUGUGGACGUUGGCGGGGGCACCGGCCAUCAAUGCCAGCGGGUGCUACAGUACGACCCCGACAUUCCCGGUCGAUUUAUCCUUCAAGACUUACCCCAGGUUAUGGAGAGUGCCCCAACCAUCCCGGGCUUCUAUUAUUUCCGCGGAGUUCUCCACGAUUUCCCUGACAGCAGCUGUCAAUCAAUCCUGCGGAAUACCGCAAAGGCGAUGCGCAGCGAUUCAACUCUCCUUCUUGAUGAGAUGGUUCUGCCCAACAGUGGAAUUGACUGGAUGGCUACAGCGAUGGAUUUGCAGAUGAUGGCGAACGUCGGGGCACAGGAACGGACUCGCGGGGCUUGGGCCAAAUUACUGGAUUCUGCGGGUCUGAAGCUAGUGGACGUUCAGUAUCAUGGGUUAGACCCAUACCAGGCCCUGAUCGUUGCGGUAAAGCAAGCCUGA